AAAUAAUAAUACCCAUCCACCUAUCUGUGGGCUUGGAAAGAGCUCAUCCCACCCUUCCUCCCAAAAGACACUCAGCCCAACCCAUUAGGGUUUUAAUUUCCUCCAAUUACAUGUAUAAGUUAACCUAGGGUUUUCCGAUUCAAAGUUUGUUGGCCUCCACACCAUCUGUUCUGCGUUAGAGGGGGAAAAACACAGAGAAAAUGAAGGCCAUUCUCUCGUCUGACAGCAUGGACAUCCCCGACGGCGUGAAGAUCAAGGUGAACGCCAAGGUGAUCGAUGUUGAGGGCCCGAGGGGUAAGCUCUCUCGCAACUUCAAGCAUUUGAACCUCGAUUUCCAGCUGAUAAAGGACGAGGCCACCGGAAAGCAGAAGUUGAAGGUCGAUGCCUGGUUCAGUAGCCGGAAAACCACCGCCGCCAUCCGCACAGCCCUCAGCCACGUCACCAAUCUGAUCAACGGUGUUACAAAGGGCUACCGUUAUAAGAUGCGUUUUGUCUAUGCCCACUUUCCGAUCAAUGCUUCCAUCACCAACAACGGGACCGCCAUUGAGAUCCGUAACUUCCUCGGCGAGAAGAAGGUAAGGAAGGUGGAUAUGCUUGAAGGAGUUAACAUUUUCCGGUCUGAGAAGGUUAAGGAUGAGUUGGUUUUGGAUGGAAAUGACAUUGAGCUCGUUUCUCGUUCUGCGGCCUUGAUAAAUCAGAAAUGCCAUGUGAAGAACAAAGAUAUAAGGAAGUUCCUUGAUGGCAUAUACGUGAGCGAGAAGGGUGCUAUUGCAGAGGAGGAAUAAGUUACCAACUAUGAGUUUAUCAUUGUUACAUGGUUUCAAUUUUGAAAUGUGGUGCCCUGUUUUUAAGUCUUGUUGUUUUGAGACUUCUUAUAGAUGUAUUCCAUGCUGAAUUUACAGUUUUGCGUAGGGAGCUGUGCUUAAGGAUUUGUUAGUUUGCAUAGUGUGUUAUGGUCAUUUGAUGUUAGAAACUGUUUUGCCUAUGCAAAUGCUAGUUGCCUUUAAUCUCCCCUAGCAUUUCUUGACUUUGAAUCGUUUCUAAAUUGGAGAGUUUUCUUGACUAUCAGUGGCUAGCCUCUGUUGAUGUUUACUAGUUUUGAAUUUGAUUAAUGUCGUGUAUAUAGU